AUGGCUACUCUGUUCGUUUUUGUUGUAUUCUUCUCAAUAAUGGAAAACGUAAAUGCAAAAGCGAUUGAUAACCUAGAAGCCCGGAAGGAGUUGGCAGGGAACUUUUUGAAAGAUAAUCAAAAUUUGUACAGAGGAGCUGAAGAUGAAAGAUGGAUGUUCAAGUUUCUCAACCAAAAUUCAUUGAUUCCCCCCGAAACGAAAUCUUCAUCACUCUCGGAUUCCUCGUCAGCCAACCUUGUUGUUUUAUCUGAUGCCGUUGGAACAGCUGCUUGUGCAUCCGGAUGGAAAAGAUAUACUGUAAAUGGGAUGUGUUACAAAGAGUCUACAGCUAGUAUGAGUUGGUAUGCCGCGGAGGAUUGGUGUUGGAGUCAGAGGGCUGGUGCGCAUUUGGCGUCGAUCCAUACUCAAGCAGAGGCGCAGUGGUUAAAUUCACAAUACAAACUAUGGUAUGCACCAAUGGAUGACUGGAUUGGUUUGAAAAAAGAGUGUGAUAUGACAGCUUACUACUGGACAGACGGUACUCCGGUCGAUUUUCAGUGGUGGCAGCCUGGAUAUCCUCAAGCGCAAUAUGCUGAACAAAGUUGUACUACAAUUUGGAAUACCGCCUUGUUGUUUCUGGUAUCUGGAUAUACUCCAGGACAGUUUGAUGACAUGAAAGAGUGUGGAAUGGCGACUGGUUCAUAUGCACUUUGCAAGUAUGACCCCAAUACAUCCAUUGUGGGAACUAAGUACACACCCAAAGUUUGCACAAGUACUACAAGUACUACAUCGACUACAACAACAACUACUCCGACAACAACUACGAAGACUACAACAACGCCUACCACUACUACGACAACACCCACGACAACAACAACGACGCCAACAACUACGACAACCACCCCCACAACAACAACAACGACUCCAACAACGACUACUACAACACCUACAACUACUACCGUAACCACUACAACAGAAACCACUACAACUCCAACUACAACUACCACAACUCCUACAACUACUACUGAGACGACUACGACAACGACACCUACAACGACUACAACUCCAACUACAACGACUACAACACCUACAACUACGACAACGACUCCGACCACAACAACAACAACACCAACAACUACAACUACAACUCCAACUACAACCACUACAACUCCGACCACAACAACGACAACACCAACAACUACAACUACAACUCCAACUACAACGACUACAUCAACAACCACAACACCUACAACUACGACAACGACCCCUACGACCACAACAACAACUCCCACGACGACUACAACAGAAACCACUACAACUACUACAACUCCAACCACAACAACAACAACACCUACCACAACUACUGAGACUACUACGGCAACGACGACGACACCUACAACAACUACGACAACUCCAACCACAACAACAACAUCACCUACAACGACUACCACAACUCCGACCACAACUACUGUAACCACUACAACAACGACUCCCUCCACAACUCCAACGACUACAACCACAACACCUACCACAACUACGACAACUCCAACCACGACAACUACAACACCAACAACUACAACAACAACCACCACAACACCUACCACAACAACAACCAAGCUCACGACCACUACAACAGUUUCAACUACUACUUCGAAAACAACUUCCAAAGCAACAACUCCUUUUGACACGUCUAAAUGCGCCAACAAUUGUCCAACUGGAUGGGUGUCUUACAAUGGUCUUUGUUAUGCUAAAAUCAAAGGACCCGCUAAAUCCUCCGACUUCAAUACAGAGUGUGUGCGGUUAGGAGGUCAAAUGGCGGAGGUUUCUGGAAGUGGUGUCAACGAGGCACUAAGAUUAGCCUUCAGCACUAACACAGCUAGUACCACUCUUGAAGAAGCAUGGAUGAAUCCAUCAGGCGGAUUCACAAAUAUGGCACCUGGUUAUUCCGCUGCGACUGGAUCGUGUUAUACGAUAGUUCUGAGUCAAUCUGACAAUGGAGUGUAUACACAACGCGGAUUGUGGAGGACUCAACUUUGUACCAGUUUGAAAGAAUUCGGAAUCUGUCAAAAAGCUUCAUAA